UCCACCCAAAAUCAAACUUGAAGUUUGUCCAUCUUUUUCUUUCUUUUUUUUCUUCCCUUUUUCUGCAUCUCUUGUUAGUGUUUUUGUGCAACUUUUUGCUCUAUUCUCUAGGCAUAUUAUUAUCAUAAAUUUGGGGUUUUGGUGUUAAAGUUAAAGCUCCCCUAAAGCAACAACAACAACAAGAAAGAAGAAAAAGUCACUAUUUUAGAAAAAUUAAAGAAAACAUUCUUGAAAUCUUGUUGUUUUUGUUUUAGAGAUUUUCUUUAAAAAUCCAUAAACAUGCCCUUAGAAGGGGUUUUCAUUGAAACCCCAUCUUCUUCUACAAAGCCAAUUCCUGAUCUUUCUCUCAACAUUAGCCCUCCUAAUAGUUUAGACCUUUCCGGUCGUCGAUGUGUUAGUGAAGUGGGUAAAAAUCAUGAGAGAUUAUUAUCAGAGUUCAGUAAGACAGGAAAUUGUCUUACUGAACUCUCGUUAGCUCAUCCCACUAACACUACCACCACUACCGCAACCGUCACCAACGCCAGCAUCAAUGAUGACAUGACAACAAGAAGGGGUUUUUUAGACCACCUACCAAGAAACCCUUAUUACAACAACCAUCACCAUCAUCAUCAACACCAUCACCAGAGUCAAAAUUAUAGCCAUAUAAUGCAACCAAUGAACCAAAUAAAUCAUGGGGUUUCUUCUUUAGAUGUAUCGGACGGUUUACGCCCUAUCAAAGGCAUCCCCGUGUACAAUCACAACCGUUCAUUUCCUUUCUUGGCCACUAAUUUGGACAAGGAGAAAGAUCCAAAGAUGUGUUUUUACCCAUCAUCAUCUCCUCCUUCUUCUUCUUCUCCUUCUUCGUCUUCGCCUUAUUUCAAUAGUAGGUUUAAUGGGAUAUCAUCACCGUCUUAUCAUCACGUGCCACAUCAUCAUCCUCUCCAAUAUCAUCAUCAUCAUAGUCAAUAUGGUCAUGUUGGAGGAUUAGGACAUUCUCAUCAUGAAAAUAUUGCAAAUUCUCAUAGUUUGAUGAGAUCAAGAUUUUUACCAAAACUUCCAGCUAAAAGAAGUAUGAGAGCACCAAGAAUGAGAUGGACUAGUACACUUCAUGCUAGAUUUGUUCAUGCUGUGGAACUUCUUGGUGGACAUGAAAGGGCAACACCAAAAUCAGUGUUGGAGCUAAUGGAUGUGAAAGAUCUUACUCUAGCUCAUGUCAAAAGCCAUUUACAGAUGUAUCGCACUGUUAAAACUACUGACAAACCAGCAGUUUCCUCUGGGCAAUCAGAUGGAUCAGGAGAAGAUGAUCUCACAACAAUAGGGAGUACCGGUGGCGGUGACCGGGCGGGUCUUUGCCGGUUUAUGGAUCAGAGAGGAGGAUCCGAUGGAUCUUUACAACCCGACCCCGAUUACCCGUCUACUACAACCUCUACUCUUUGGAGUAACUCUUCAAGCAGUAGAGAAGGAUGGUUGCAAGCUAACUCCAAUGAUGCAAAUGGCCUGAUGAGAUCACAUAGUUUUCCAUCUCAACAAAGAUCAGGUCACCAAAUAGAGGAAUGUAAUUCAUCAAGGCCAAAAAGCUACAAUAUAGGUUCUAAUUUGGAUCAUCAAAAAAAUCCAAGCUUGGAAUUCACAUUAGGAAGACCAGAUUGGAUUGAAAAGGAUCAUGAAUGAAGCUAAGAUACGACUCGUUCGGAUCAAAGCAUGGGCAUCUGUUAUUAAGAUGUUAUUAAGAUGGAGCAAUACUAAAUCGAUGAAUAUAUCAUUUUAAUUAAUUAAUUUGAUCUUGAUUUAGUUGAUCAUUA